UCUGCUUGCCUUGAUUCCAAAAAUGUCGUACUUGCUGCCUCAUCUUCAUUCCGGUUGGGCAGUUGAUCAAGCGAUCCUUGCAGAGGAGGAGCGCCUUGUCCUUAUCCGCUUCGGUCACGACUGGGACGAGACCUGCAUGCAGAUGGAUGAGGUAUUGGCUUCAGUGGCGGAGACAUUAAAGAAUUUUGCAGUGAUAUACCUAGUGGAUAUAACCGAAGUACCUGACUUCAACACAAUGUAUGAAUUGUAUGACCCGUCGACUGUAAUGUUCUUCUUUAGGAACAAACACAUCAUGAUUGAUCUUGGAACUGGGAAUAAUAACAAGAUAAACUGGGCGCUGAAGGACAAACAAGAGUUCAUUGACAUUGUUGAGACUGUGUAUCGUGGUGCCAGAAAGGGCCGUGGUCUUGUCAUCGCACCCAAAGAUUACUCUACCAAGUAUCGUUACUGAUGUAUUCUAUUUGUUGUGGUACAAACGCACAGAUUUGUAUUGGUCCCUGUUGUGCGUUUAUGAUUAAAUAAUAAUGAGACUGUAUUAGAUACUCUGUAUAUUGAUGUUUGAUGUCGUAUUAGACUAAGUCGCACCGCUUGUUGAUCGAUUGCAGAAUACAUAUUCCUUUUGUUUGGCAAGUUUCAACGUUAUCUUAUAAGUCACCGUGCUUGUGCACUUUGUCUGACUUUAUAUUCACCAUAUAAUUUGUGUUUAAAAAUUAAAAUACGA